AUGGCAUCGAAGCACCACCCCAACCUCGUGCGGCUGUUGGGCUACUGCAUCGAGGUGGACAAGGCAGCUGACAGCACAGAGCAGAUCCUUAUCUACGAGUUCAUGGACAACGGAGACCUCGAGAGGUGGAUCGGACCAGGUGUUGAGAAACCACUGACCCUGCGGCAGCGCUUUGACGUGCUCAUUGGAGUGGCUCAGGGCCUGCAGUACCUCCACAGCUUCAACAUUGUUCAUCGCGACAUCAAGCCCGCUAACAUCCUGCUCGACAAGAAGAUGCAGGCCAAGAUAGCUGACUUUGGGCUGGUGAGGAUGGGCGAGGGCACUGCCGUGGGCCAUACGCGGGUGAUGGGAACACCGGGCUAUGUGGACCCUGCAUACUUCAAAUCACAGAAGGCCACGCCAGCAGCUGACGUGCACAGCUUCGGAGUGGUGAUGCUGACAGUCAUCACAGCCCGCAAGGCUCUGGACUCCUUGGACGAUAACCAAAUCAACCUCAAGAAAUGGGCCGGGGAUGCAGCUGCCAUCAAGGAUCCGCGGCUGGACGCCCCAAGCGAUGUCAUUCUGAAGCUCGCACGCUUCGCCCUCUCCUGCACCACCACACCCGUCGCCACCCGGCCCUCCAUGGCUCGCAUUCUCUCCGACCUCAUCGCCAUGAAGGAGGAGUUUCUUGGCGCUGAUGUGGACCCUGUACUGGUGAAUAUUGACAGUGAAUUGUCGGACCGUAAUGCGUCGAGCUUAUCGCAGGAGAUUCGGCGAGCAUACGAGGCGGCCUCGGAGCGUGAAGAGGUGUCGGGUUUGAGCAUUGGGAUGGUAUCAAUUGGGGAAAUGGGUUCCUCUGAUAGUCGUGAAUGA